AAAACCAUACUUUAUAGAUUGAAAUGAUAUAAAGUUGUUUAUAUUUGCCUUUUAGCUACUAAUUUUUACAUGUGUCCAUAAUAGCAGUGCAUAGGGGUCUUAUCACGUUAUUGUUGUUACUUAUCCUUUUCGGACCUUUUCCCCCUUUCAUUAUCUUUAGCCUCGUUUUGAGCGGAAAACAUCGGAAAAAAUACAGAGAAAUAUUUUGUAUCAAACUACAAACUCGAACUACAAAUCUGGUAAUCUACAUUGGGGAAACAGGAAGAAUACAGUUGUUUAGUCCUGGUUCUUUAGAAAUACAAAGAAAUAUUUUGGAAAGAUAAGAAAAAGGAUGCCUAAAAUAAGGCCCUCAGAGGCAAAAGGUGGAAAACGCCGGAAACCAAAAGACGCAGAUAGCCGUAUGGCUAGACUUAUAGCAACUGCCCUUGCAAAAGACAAAAACACAAUGCAGGAACUAAAAGAUCUUAUAAACAAGCAGGAGACUGAUGACGAGGAUGUGCAAACACAAAGAGAAGAUGGUACAUAUGUAGAUCAAGACGACAAUACAAAUGUAAAUCUGUCAGGUGAGGAUACUGCCUCUAGCUCGGGUGAGUCAUCGGAGGGGUCUGACUCGGAGUUGGAGGAUGACUUCACAGGUCCUUGCGCUCCGGGUGGCCACUCCGGGGAGUCCGUAGACCUAGGAACUUUCUCGGCAGUACACUCCCCUGUGGAUAAAAAAUUAAAGGAAAAAAUUUUUAACAUGCAAUAUAUUGAUCUAUCCCACUUAUAUUACAAAAAUUCCAUUUCUGAAACAACUACCAUUAAGAAAACAAAAUCAGAAAUGGUUACAUCUGUGCAGAAAUCCGCACCUAAACAAAUCUCAAAUAUUCUAACGUGGUGUAGGGCCUUUCAGAUUUACGCAGAUGUAUACUGCACUAAGUACCAAGAUGAAAGCUCCCAACUGUUCCAGUAUAUGACCUUGAUUCAAAAUCUGGCCAACCACACUAGACAUUGGCAGCUAUAUGAUGAAAAAUUUCGUCAGCUGCGUGCUGUGUCUCCAGUCCCAUGGGGUAAAAUACAUACAGAAACAUACUUGUAUUGCUGUAUAGCCCAGACCUCUUCCUUUCGUUCCUACAACAACAACAACAACCAAAACAACAACUUGUAUGGCUCCGCCUUCAAGCUUCCACCACAUAUCAUGUUCCGCAAAGGUUACUGCUGGGACUACCAGCGUCUCAGUUCCUGCCCUAAACAAAAGUGUAAUGUCCUCCAUCAAUGUGCCAACUGUGAAGGACCAACCCAUGGUGCCUCCAAAUGUAACAGACCAGCUAGCCAGCGUAAGCCAACAGAAUCUUCGAAACAUCCCUCCAAAAACUGACUUUCUGCUACCUACCCCAAUAUCUGCUAAGCGUUUGGCUUGGUAUCUUUCAGGUUACGACAGAGGUAAAACCUCUAAACUGGUAACAGGUUUCACUGCUGGUUUCCCAUUGGGCACUGUAGGUUCCAUCCCACCAAGAACUGCAUCAAAUCACCGUUCUACUUUAGAACACAUUUCCUUUGUUCAAGAUAAGCUAAGCAAAGAAAUUACUGAUAAACGUAUCAAAGGGCCAUACCUGUCCCCUCCCUUACCAAAUUUUGUCUGUAGUCCUCUUGGUGUUGUACCAAAAAAGACACCGAACAGUUACCGUCUCAUUCAUGACCUAUCCUUCUCAAGAAGCUUACCUUCCGUAAACUCUAUGAUACCGAAGGAAAAUUCUACAGUAACAUUAGAAACCUUUGAUCACGUUUCUGCAUUGGUCCUGCAAUCUGGGAGAAAUUCCCUGGUCUCUAAGGUUGAUAUUGAAGAAGCUUUUCGUAUUGUCCCUAUCACACCUUUAGAUUACAAUAAGCUUGGAUUUACCUUCCAAGGCCGUUACUACUUUGACACAGUUUUACCUAUGGGAGCUUCCUCUUCGGUAGCUAUAUUUGAAUCCUUAGCACAAAGUAUUCAAUGGAUCUUACAGAACAAAUGCAAUGUUUCCAAAGUCUCGCAUAUCAUAGAUGACUUCAUUUUUGUAGGGGCUCCGGACUCGUCAGAAUGCAAAAUAGCCCUUGAUGCCUUUAUAAGCUUAGCAAGUGAUAUUGGUAUUCCUAUCAAACACGAUAAGACUGUGAUGCCGACUACUCAAAUAGUAGUACAUGGUAUACACAUUGAUACCUCCACUCUUAUGGCAAGUCUCCCUGACGAAAAAGUUACUACACUGCAACAGAUCCUUUUCAGUUGUAAAAAGAAACGAAAAGUUACCUUAAAGCAGUUGCAGUCUGUUAUAGGCCAUCUUAAUUUUGCGUGCAAGGUAAUCAAGCCUGGUCGAUGUUUCCUUCGUAGACUACAUGACCUCACUGUUGGCAAAACCAAGGGUUACCACUACAUUAAGCUAACUAAAGACAGUCGUGCAGACCUAGAUCUCUGGUAUACAUUCCUGCAAAAAUACAAUGGCUGCACACUUUUAACAAAUGACAGAUUUGUCUCUUCGGUCACUUUGAAACUUCACUCAGAUGCCGCAAGUACAAAAGGUUUUGCUUGCACUCAUUUAACAUCAUGGACCUUUGGAGCCUUCCCCAAUGAAGUUAAAGGGCACCACAUAAACAUUUUAGAACUGUACCCAAUAGCUCUAGCUGUUUUCCUUUUUGGUCACCAAUGGGAGAAUAAGAAUGUAUGUUUUGUGUGUGAUAACCUGGCAGUGGUAUAUUGCCUCAAUAAACAGACUUCUAAGGAUUCUACUAUGAUGAAACUGAUCCGCAUCAUAGUUCUAAAGGCUUUAGAAUGCAACUUCUGUUUUCAGUCAUCCCACAUACCUACUUCCAAGAACACUAUUUGUGACAAACUUUCCCGCUUUCAGGUAGACGAAGCUUUAAGCCUUGCACCUUUCCUGGACAAGGACCCAACAGCAAUACCUCUAGAAAUGUCACCAUUGAUGUUACUAAAGUGAGGGAACAGUUAAUAGCCUCUUCCUUAGCCGCCACUACUAGAAAAACUUAUGAACGGUUUUGGGAACGCUUCUCGAAUUUUGUGAAAAACAAUCACAGUUCUUCAAGCUGCUUUCCAGCAACGUCAGACGUUGUAUCUUUGUCUAUAGCUCACUUACACUCCUUACAGUUUGCCCCUUCGACUAUUAGCAGUCAUCUUUCUGCGAUAACCUACUUUCACCUAGUUUCUGGUUUUGAUGACCCUUGUAACACAUUCAUUAUACGCCGCAUGAUACUUGGCUGUCGUAAAUCACGUUACCAGAAAGAUUCACGUCUUCCCCUUCUCAAGAAACAGGUAGACCUGUUAUUAAACGCAACAAAGCAUAUUUUUAGGACAAACAGAUUUCUACGGGUCCUAUACCGGGCCAUAAUUCUUGUCACUUUCCAUGGAUUUUUCAGGAUGGGAGAACUCCUCCCUUCUAAACUGAGCAACUGUGGGAAUGUCGUACAGUUUGGCCAUGUUGCAAUGGUAUCGCCAUCAAUUAAAUUACAACUUCACUGCCAUAAAAUGAGAAAGUCUGACAAACCUGUUAACAUAAUUAUCCCUCCACAAAAACGUUCUUGCCCAGUAGCUUCCUUGAAAUCAUACCUGUCCCUGAGAGGUUACUCAGAUGGUCCUCUCUUUAUCUCCUCAACAAAUGAACCAAUUACGCUGGCACGUUUUCGCAGUGUUUUCAACGAAUUGCUAACAUUCUCCAAGUUAUCAACUAAACUGUACAAACUCCAUAGCUUCAGAAUAGGGGGUUGUACCCAGGCAAUCGUAUCUGGUAUCCCUGAGGCCGAAGUUAUGAAAAUGGGCCGUUGGAAAUCUCAUGCUUUCAGACGUUAUAUCAGAAUACCAAAUUUAAAAAUGGCAUCUAAGUGUCCUUCUAGGAAGUCAGAAUGAUAUGCAUAAUAAAAGACAUUGGAAUAUGUUUUCUAGUUCUGCAAAUUUUUAAAACAGAAUAAGCAAGCCCUGACGUUUUAGAUAUCCGUUGCUCACAGGAACUUUACCAUAUAUACAUAGGAACUGUAAACUGUUUUGAUAUGUGGCUAAUACUUAACAUAAAGUAAAACAGUGUAGACAUUGGGGUGUGUCUACAAUCUAUCUUACAAAGUGUAAAUAUUAGUUUUGGAAAUUUAACACUGUUGCCUGUUUAGUUUUGUAAAUACUGUUAAACAUAAACAUUGUAGACAUUGGGGUGUGUCUACGUUUUAUCUUGCUUAGUGUAAACAUUGAACUGUGUAAGCUAUAAACGUUGUUUACAACUCAUUUUAUGUAUGUAAUAUUGAACAUAAACCUUGUAGACAUUGGGGUGUGUCUACGUUUUAUCUUGCUUAGUGUAAACACUGAACUGUGUAAGCUGUAAACGUUGUUUACAACUCAUUUUAUGUAUGUAAUAUUGAACAUAAACAGUGUAGACAUUGGGGUGUGUCUACAUUCUGACAAGCAUAAUAUAAACCGUGAGAUGUUUUUACAUUAUAACCAUCCAACUCAGUGUAAACAUUGGGGUGUGUCUACACUUUUACACUUACAUGUACAUUUAUGUGUGUACUAUUCUGUCUACCAUUUACUCUCUGUUCAGUAGACAUUGGGUGUGUGUCUACAUUUUUGUUAUUUUUAUUCAUUUUUGUUAGUACUUUUAUGAUUUCUAUUUUACUACACAUCAGUUGUCGUAAGAUCUUUUAAAAAAGAUAAUGUGUCAACCAUUACAUUUAUUAGUGCAAUAUACAGCAGAUAUGCUCAGCUAAUUAUCAUGCUUUUUUCUGGUCAUUUAACUAUUUUACAUACACUUACUGUCGAAAUACUUCGGUCCUUGUAUGUUCUUAGAUGUGUUUAUGUUCCUAAUCAACCUUUUUUCCUUUACCUUGUAAUCUUAAGCUGACACUGUUAUAAUAUUAUUAGCAUACUUUUAAACAGGCGUAUAAUAUCAUUGUUUACAUCACCACUUUUUGGUCGGCAUGGGCAUGUGGUUGUCGAUUUACAAAUUUUACGUAUAAGGUAGUUCUGCUUUGUAAAUAUAACAGUUUGUACAUACCCACAAAGUUUUUACUAGACUAUGUUCAUAUACCUUAUUUUGUUACGCCUUAUAAGUUUGCGCUCCACUGCCUCUUUGGUUGGACUGGUUUAGGACUUUGCUUUGUCCUACUUUAUGUCACAAUUUUAUAGCCAUAUAACUAAUUCUGUACUACGUUUUGAUAACUAAAUAAUAUUACUUUCUAAUAAAACGUCUGACAUUGGUUAGAUGUCAGACAUUUUCAAUCCACGUUUAUCUUGUGUCUUUAUUGUGACAUAAAUGAACUGCAUCGGCAGGGGAGCGUAAAUAUAAAACCAUACUUUAUAGAUUGAAAUGAUAUAAAGUUGUUUAUAUUUGCCUUUUAGCUACUAAUUUUUACAUGUGUCCAUAAUAGCAGUGCAUAGGGGUCUUAUCACGUUAUUGUUGUUACUUAUCCUUUUCGGACCUUUUCCCCCUUUCAUUAUCUUUAGCCUCGUUUUGAGCGGAAAACAUCGGAAAAAAUACAGAGAAGUUUUUCUUAUUUUAUUUUGUUUUUCCACAUACCACCCCACCACCCACCUUGCUCUGCUAUUACGUUUUGUUUUGAAAAUGUCGCUAAACAAGUUUUCUAGUCACAAUGUCUUAUUAUAGUUAUGCUUUCUUUUGUUGAUCUGUUAUAUCUAGUCAAUGCAUUGGACUUUGCUUUGUCCUACUUUAUGUCACAAUUUUAUAGCCAUAUAACUAAUUCUGUACUACGUUUUGAUAACUAAAUAAUAUUACUUUCUAAUAAAACGUCUGACAUUGGUUAGAUGUCAGACAUUUUCAAUCCA